AUGGACGAAGAUGAGGAUUUAUUCCUCGAUUUCGGAGAACCGACCAAUUCGGGAAACAAUGGAUUCGACGUCGAAAUGAAGGAAGCCGGCGAUUUCAGGCCUUUGGAUGAGACUUUGCGAAAAGAACGGGAAAUCAGCGACCUCGUUCAAGAGUUUUUUCCUUUUUAGGUACCUUCAAAAAAAACUUUUCAGGUACGAAAAGUUGCAGGACGAAAUGGCGGAAGUCGACGAAUUGGCCCGACAGGUUUUCUGAUUUCCGUCGGGAAUCAUGUCCUUGAAUUCUGCAGACCUUUCUCAUCGUUUUUUGCAGAUCAAAAAUGGAAUUCUGAUUUGUCGACAGAUGGAACUUUGCUAUAGUGACCGCAAAAGUAACGCGAAAAACAGCCGGACGAUUGUCAAUUCUUUUGAGGUGGGCCUAGGAGUUCCAGAGGGGUCCCUAUAGUGGUCAGGGGGGAAACAACGCUAUAGGGCCGAGAAAGUGUUCCCUAUAGGGGUUUAGAGUCUCACCCAUUAGUUCCCGAAGCUCAAGUGACCCCUAUAGGGGUCUUUCAGUUUCACUUGAAAAAAAACGCUCAUUUAUUCAGUUUUUCCCGUGGAAAUGCUUCUUCACAAUUAUCGACUAGCAUGUCCCCUAUAGAGACCGCUUUUGCAAGUUUUAGUGGUCCCCAUAGGUGUUGGUAAAGAGGCCCUAAGGGACCCUAACGUUUCCCCUGAAGGGGCCACUCUGGAGUCCCUAAGAAUAUUGAAGCUUUUAUUGAUUUUAUUGAAAAUGGUCCUCGAGGGUUCCAGAUGAUUCUAUAUGAAGGAGGAUCCCGUGAAAAGUGUAAAAACUCGUUUUUACCCGAUUCUGAGUAUUUUGAGCAGAGAUAUGCAAUUUUUAAAGUUUGAAUUGAAAACUGCUUUACGUAGGAUCGCCAGAGUGGUCCCUAAAGGGGUCAGGAAAAAAAACGGGCUCUGUAUGACACAAAAUAGCGUUCCCAUAGGGCUAAAAUUGGGAGGUCCAUAGAGGGUUCAGGAUCAGAGUCACUAUUGCUUAAGUGGUCACUAUAGGGGUUUUAAUUGGUCAUGAUUUGGAAGUCAAAAAGGCUAACAAAACUUGGCCAACAAAGUUAGACCUUUAGGGGCCACUAACUAAAGCCUCUAGAGGGGCCAAUUUUCCUUUCUAAAAUGCUCCCCCGAAAAGGGCAACAGGAUUCUUCCAGCUCCUUCUUUCGCAUCUUCUCCUGCUAAUGGGUCUUUUCAUCGGCUUUUCGAGCAUUUUUCCGUUUUCUUCUGUUUCAGACAUUUUUUCUCUACUGGACAGAACCUUUCUAAGAAUAGAGACCGAAAAAAUAAGUAUUUUUGAACUUUAGAUUUCCUUACGAAAAGUUUCCAUGAUCAUUUGGCUAGACUUUAGCCUGAUGGUACUUUUAUCAUUCUCGGGCAAACUUUGCACUGACCAAUUUUAUCAUUUCUUUUUUUCAUGUACCUUUGUUACGUUCAUUUAUUUACUGUUUCGAAGAGGAUUUAAACAAGAAUAAAAAAAACUUGAAUUGAUGCUUCCUUUAAUGCUAACAAUUUUUAUUUUCUCAUUUAUAGUUUUUCUCUUAGAAUUUUUCUUUUCUUUUUCUUUCAUGAAAAAGUGGUUCUUCCAGAUUAGAUAUCUGUCCAACGGUUCGGCUCUACUUUUAGUCUCAAUAACGAAUGUUACUGACAUUUCGCUCGACGGAUGGAGUUUGUGUGUCACUUGGUUUUCUUCCAACGAGAAUAAAAAUGUUCCUCGAGGUUUGGUUUUCGAGAUUUUAAUAGUUAGAUGCUUGUUGAGAUAAAAUUACAUUACCCAGAGUUUUUAAUUAAUAAAUUUUGAAACCCUUAGAAAAUUGAUUGUAAAUUAAAUAUUUUUUUUUUUAGCUCGCUUUCAACUUUUGAGGAAACUUGUCUAAAACUACGUACUUGAAACCAGCUAAAAAAUCCUAGUGUGGUCGGGUUUUGAAAGUCAAGAUCUUAGCUCUGCACGCAAUGGCAUGAGUUCCUAAGAAAGAACUCGGAAGAAGGCCCGUUUUAAACUGUUUAAAAAACGGUUUACUGUUCCCAAUUUUCUUAAUUUUAUCUACCCCGGAGGGAUGAAAGGCUUGGUCGACCUCGGGGCGACUCGAACCUACGACCUUGCGGACGUUAGAAAUUAGUUAUGCCAGCUGAGCUAUGCCGCCCCGUUCCGAGAGUUUUUUUGAAAUAAAGACGUUUUCACACACAGGUACACUUGAACCAAGUUUUAUCAAAAUUUCAAAAUCCCUCGUGAAGUGAGUCGCUUUUCGAACAAGCAACGUGAACAAAUUUUGAGAAGAAAAAUCAAAAAAAAAAAUUACUUUUUUUUGUGUUAUUUUUCAGCGUAUAACACUUCAGCAGCAUUUAGUGAACCACGCAAAAAAAAAAUUAACUCUCUAGUGGGAAUUUUUGAGAAAAACCUUUUUUUGCGUUUUUUUUAAGCCAAUUAUCAUUUCUAAGAUUCCUUUUUUUACUUUCAAAACAGAUUUUAUAACGUUUUGAAAAGGUAUUUCAUCCAUGUAAGUCGAAAAAAAAAAGUAGUGCCACUUUUAAAAGUCAAAUCAUAGCUCCUGCAAGUCGGAAAUUUAUCGUCAAAAAAAGGAAAAAGAAGUUUGUUGCUUUUUUUUUGGCGUGAUAACAGUACAGAAAUCCAAAAUGAUCAGUCAUUUUUUGCACUUUUCUCAUAAGACCUGCCAAAAAAGAAACAUUGAAGCUUCAAGUCGGCCUUUCCUCCUUGCAAAUUAGCAUUUCAUACAUUUUGUGCGCCUUUAUAUGAAUGCAAUUAUCUUCUUCAGUGUGUUGCUCGCAAACGAUACGAAUCGGAGACCUGCCGGCCGGGUACUCCAAGACUUUUCAGCUUCUCGUCGAAGACGGCGACUUCAGACUCCCUCUCCUCUUCUACCUGACUAUUCUACGGCAAGAAAAUCGUCUCUAACUUGAAUAUUUGAUUUUUCAGAGAAUUCCGUCUCGGAGACGUGAGCAAAGUGUUCCGAAUUCAACUGGAUACACAGGUUUUGACGAUUUGGCAGCAGGUUACGGUUUCGAGUGCCAGCAAGGCUGUAGCGGCUGGAAAUUCGAAGAAAAUUACUCCUGCCGCGCCGAGAUUUUCCGUUUUCGGGGUGGGUUUUUGUUACUUGAGGAGUUUGUUUUAGGAUGAAAACCCAAAGGUUCUAGAAAUUAUUUUUAUUUUCUUGACGUUUCUGAGAGAGAGUAAAGUUCUCUUUUCAACACAUUUUGAUAUUUGGGUGCUCCGAAAGUCUCUGAGAAUAUAUAGUUUCAUGUUUUGAACCUGAAAAGCUGUGAUUACUUUGAAAAGGGGAGAAAUUUCAAAAAGCUGAAUCAUUAAAUUUUUUUGAAGUUUUUUUGAUCCUAAUAUUUUUUUCUUUUUUUGGCAGUUUUUAGUUGUUUUCAUGUCUCGGAAAUACAGAAAAUUCCGAAUUUCCUUGAUUUUUCCAAAAUUUAGGAGAAUCGAUCCGUUUUCCUAGUUGAUUCGCCCAAAAACUUUCGGGAAUUUCGGCAAAACGACUGUAUCAAAAUUGUCAUUUUAAGAUUUUGAAUGAUGUUAUCAAUUUUUUUGUAGCAGCGAUAUGAAAUAUUUCAAAAAACUUAUUUUAUUAUUUCCACAAACUUUGAAUUUUUUAUUUCAGAAAAAAAAAUUAGAUUUAUUUAUCAAUCUGAAGAAAAUUCCUGGAGGGGCCUGGAAAACAAGUAUCUUCAGUUGAAGAGAAACAAUUAUGUGGGAAAUAUACGCUUUCAAUGCAAUCAAAGAAAAGAAAAUUUUGGAAAUUCAUUUUAGUUUAUAGAACUCAAGAAAAUUUCCUGAUAAACCUGACGGCCAUACGUUUCAGUUAUAAAAUUUAAGCAAAUUUUUAGGAACAUUUUCAAUACAAGAUACCUUUAGCUUGAACAGAUAUUGAGCGAUCAAUUUUAUCAUUUUUCAUACUACCAAAAAUGGAUACAAAUAAAUUAAGAGAAUCAAAAUUUAAAAAAAAAACGAUAGGUUUAUGAAAAUUAUUGAUAACUCUACAAAGAGCUGUUAAUUUCUCACUUAUACCCAUUUUACUGAACAAUCUAGAACGAUGCGAUUGAAAUAUUCUCCCUUACAAAAAUCAAUUGUGUUUCUUUUUCUUUCUUGGCUGGCUGCUGCUAUUCAUUCUUCUAUUUCCAAAACAUUUCCGUUCCAAAACUUUCAAGAAACCCGAAAAAAUUCAGAGUUUCGAAAUUCGGCUCCCUCACACGCUGGUCGACCUCCUGUGUGGAUGUCCGGACAUCGUCGAGACGGGCAACGUCUUCAAGGCCAUUCUUCCGACUUCUUGCCAUCCUCAGAUCUCCGCCGACGUCACCGACGUCGAUUGCGUCGUCUGCGUCGGACCCAAAGCCCAGAACUUCCAACUGAAAGUCCUGAGAGAACCCCGACAAUACCUUCUCACGGUCUCCGCCAGAGAUUCUGCCUUCUUGACGAAUCUCCAAUCUCAACUGGAAGUUUUCCUUGUCGUGGAAAUGUCCAAGUUGAAAAAGAGACCAGAGAAAGGCGUCGAAAUCCUUCCCGAUCUCAGUUCUGUACAUGAACUUUUUUCUUCUCUAAUCUCCUCUUUUUGAUCAUUUUCUUCAGAAUUGGGUCAUAUUUGAAAUAAAAAGAGAAUAAAAAAUGAUUGAGAAUAGUCCUGGAAAAAAAUUUUUACCAAAAAAAGGCUUCAAAGUUUAUUUUUUUCUAAAAUUUAUAACUUUUUUUCACGAAACUUUCGUUCAGCGAUUAUAAUAUUGUAGGGAAAAAUAUAAUAGAGACAAUGAGAUUUAUUUUGAUGGGUUGACACUUAAAUUAAUUAUGUUACAGUAAACUUAUUUUUUUGAAGUCGCUCCAGUUUAACAUAUUCUUAUCGUUUUGUGAGAAUUUUUUGUUUUUCAUAUUUUUUUUGAAACGCAGUUUCAGUAGAAAAAAAGACCCUACAUAUCAAAAAUGUAUAAACUUUCAUGUAUGUCUGUAGCACCGAUUCACAUUAAUUUGAGUUAACCAUUCUCCAAAAAUUCUUUUAUGAUUUCCUACCGGAAAUUUUUUUCGCAUUGAAAAUUUAUCGCGUUGCGGCUGCGGAGCUGUUUUUACAUGACGGAAAAUUUAUAGACUUCAUUAUAUUUUUCUCGUCGAAAUCGAACUUUGUGCUAAACCACAGCUUGUUGAUCCAUUCCAAAUGCGACCAAUUAAUUCAAAAAUCAUAAUUUUUGCCAUAUUCAUCACUUCUUGCCCGAAUCCGAUUUCCAUUUUUCACCACUCAGGAAUUUUCUAGCUCCGUUUGUGAUAGUGUUUAGGAAUCCUCAUAGCGUGUCCAUAAAUUGUAGCAUUUAUUGCACAUUUUCUUAUUUUUCUCUCCCGAUAUUUUUCUAUAUUCAUGGUAGGAAAAAUCCGACUUUAUCGUCACUGGUUUUAUCUUUUCUCAAUCACGAGUCGAAAUUUUUUCCUUACUCAUAACAGCUUUACUCGGUGAUAAAUGGAAACCCUUUUUUUUCUCACUUGCUAAUAAAAACUUGAUAACUUUCGUUUUUCUUUUGAAACAAGGAUGAUUGUACCUUCAUCUUUUUAUCUUGGUUUCAAAACUUUAUUGAUUCUACCUGGAUUUUGACUUAUAUCAGAUGCCAAGUGCUUUUGUCGUCGGAGCCACAGGCGCCGUUGGAAGUGAGCUCGUCAAGCUUUUGGCCUCCGCCAGCUAUUUUGACAAGGUUCUAUAUUUUCUUGACUUUUUUUUAAAAUUUUUAUAUUUUUUGAGGUCUCCAUCCUCGCCCGGAGAAACGUCGACGGAGCUACAGCCGAAAAAUUUGUUCGUUUUUCAAGAAUUUCAAAAUCAAAACUUGUUAUUCAGGAACAGAAAACGGUCAACUUCGACGAACUGGAAAAGAGUGGAGACUCCUUUGAAGGCAUCGAUGUCGGAUUCUGCGCCUUGGGAACUACCAGAGCCAAGUCUGGAGCUGUGGGACCUCAAUUCCGAAGUUUUAUUCAAUCAAUGAUUUUCAGGACGGAUUCGUGAAGGUGGACCACGAUUAUGUUGUUAACACUGCGAAAUUAGCUAAGGAACAUGGCGUCAAGCAAUUUGUUCUCAUCUCGUCGGCUGGCGCUAACGAAUGCUCUCCAUUUUUGUACCCGAAGACCAAGGUUUUGAUAUUGAAGCUUUGAAAAUGACCAAAAAAAAAUUGAGCACAAAAAGCGCUUCAAAAUUGAACAGAAUAAUCUUGAUAGGAUUCUCACAAGGAAGGAAAUUUCACUUUGCGGUUGGGAAUUCAACGAAAAUUUGCCAGAACACUCUUUGAUGUAGAAAAUCAAGGUCCUGUAAGUCUCAACUUGGACGAAUUUCUAGUUUUUGAAAAAAGACGUUUCCAAGACUCUCGAAAUCAAUUGAAAAGGUUUUUUCAUGAUUUCAUCAUUUCUCGAAAACUGGGAAGUUUUGUAGGUUUUUUUUCAAGAGCUUCACUUGUUACACCAAGAAAUUUUCUGGCCAAUUUUCAAGAAAUUUCUAACCGCCAAGUAAAAUAAGUGCCUAAAGAUUUUAGUACAUGGAUAGAACUUCAUUAACGUGAUUUUUAUGAUAAAUAUAUAUAUUUUUCUAGAUUUUAUCUCUAAUUUUUCCUCUCCCCUUUCAACUUGAAAUCGUCGACUCAUCCUUUUCUUAGUUACAUAAAGAGAAAGGCGAUUUCAUUCUAUGACUAAAUACACUUGUGUUGUGCCCGCAGGUGGCCAGUGAAGACGUUGUAGUAGAAGAUUUAUUAGUAACAAGAAACUAGACUAUGCUAGCCCUUUUACAAUAACAAACAAGGUGUUAUAUAGUGCUGAGGGAAGAGAUCCCGAAGAUUAUGGAAUGUUCCGGAAUAAAGGUGGAGUUUAGAUAGUAUUUAGAUUAGAGUAAAAGAUGGAACAUUCCAGAGUUUUAGAGAUCUGUCCCGGAAGCAUUAGAACAUUCGAGAACAAUGUGGAACCUUCUAGAAAGGUAGAGAACAAAUGAGAAGAUUGUGGAACUUUCUAGAAGGGAAACCUUUACACAUGAUCCCUAUGACGUAAUGAGACUAGAAAUGUAUGGAAAACUAUAGAACAUUCUAGAAUCAGCUUAAUAUAAGCGUUAUGCUCCAACAACUUGCUUUUUUUCUCAUUUGAAAUGUUUCUCGAGUCAAAAAUUCAAAAAAGCCUUCUCCAUAGAAAAAUCCUUCCAGAACUUGAAUUUUCAACAUUUUCAAACUGCAGGGUCAAGUUGAAAAGGAGAUAGCUGAAAUCGGAUUCGAAAAGUUGGUCAUCAUCAGGCCUGGACUGAUCGAAGCUCCACGACCUGGUUUUUUCUUCCAAUUUUUUCCUUAAUGAAAACCGGAGACUUUAGAAACCCGCGUUAUGGAAUCUAUCGCUAAAUUUGUGAUAAAACCCUUCAAACUGGUAUCGGAUAGCUUAGCCUCAUCGGCCACUGAGAUCGCCAAGGUGAUUUUCUUCUAAAAGCUUUUUGGAAGACCUUCUUUUCAGACAAUGAUUGUGGCUGCGAUCAGUGAUGAAGUCAAGGACAAAGCCAUUUGGAACAAUGCCAAGAUCAUCGCCAGCGCGAAGAAAUUCGACAAUAACGAAUUUCCCGGCGCUAAUUGA